AUGAGUGGGCUCGUCAGCUAUGAGAGUAGCAGCGAUGAAGAGGGGCUGCGCACCCCAGAGGCCGCACCCAGCAUGUCAGCCAAGGGGAAACCAGCUGUGCCAGCCAACUCCGCAAUUCCAACUGAGGGCAUCGAGAACAGUAGCGGCAGCCAAAGGUUGCCAGCGACAGACACGGGCACCAGCACAGGUAUCGGCAAUGGGCCAAUCCUAGGUCCCACCAUGCCGGUUCAAAUGCACAGCGACGACGAUAUUGUUGAGCAACAGAGCUCUAUGGAAACGUCACAGCGACACAUGACCGAGCGGGAAACUAUACAUGUGCUUACACAGGCGACCCAUCCCAUGACGGCCAUUCCACCCUCUCCCCCAGGUUCUCCUGAUCCCGCACUGGACGCUAAAUUCAAGCGCUUUGUGGAGCUUAAGGCUAAAGGAGUUCAUUUCAACGAAGACCUCGCGAAGAAGUCUACCUUCCGCAAUCCUGCGUUAUUAGCUACUAUGAUGGCUCGGGCAGGAGUGGACGGCGACGACCAAUACAGAACUGCUCUACCACGGGAAGUCUGGGAUCCGUUGGGGUUUCCUCCGUCGGGCUACAAGGAGGAAUUGCAUCGAAAUCAGCAAAACCUACGGGAGCAAGACUCAAACCUCAAGAAAACCCUGUCAGCUGCCGGAAAAAGAACCAUCGAGUUCACCUCAGGCAAAAUAUCUGGGACUUCCAGCAGGGAAUCGACGCCAGGAGCGGCUACCAAACGAAAACGGCCUGGGUGA